UAUGUUCGGAUUAUUUUAUAAAACUGUGCUUUCAAGACUAACGUACAAGACUUUUGGAGACAAAGAAAAGGAAAGGUUACAUUCACCACAUUUGUCUUCAUUUAGAGUCGUCACAACACCAAGUAAACCCGUCGCUGUUGAUCCCUCUACUGCAAAUCGAUAUCUAAGGAUAUUAAAAGGAACAGGACGAUACAAUUUGAAUAGCAAGAACGGGAAUCGUGGAUCGUGGUCGGAGUAUGGGCAGGAUAAGCGGGUCGAUGACCUACUUAAGCAGCGCCGCGACGGCUUCUUUGUCGAGUUGGGUGGCUUCAACGGGGAAACAUCGUCAAAUACGCUCUUCUUUGAGAAGCACAGAGGCUGGUCCGGCAUUUUUAUUGAGGCCGAUCCUACUUCGUACGGCACCAUGGUAACAAAGGACCGGAAAUGCUUCAUGUUGAACAGCUGCGUCAGCAACAAACUUCGUGCCAUGGACUUCACCAUUGCAGAUCAGUACACGAGCUCGAACGUUUCCAUGACGGAUGAGCAUCGGAAGCGCAUCCCCAAUGUCGAAUCAAAAGCCGUCAUUACGGUGCAGUGCUACUCUUUCCAGGAUAUCAUGGCGGCGCUUGGUCGCGACCAUGUGGACUACUUUUCUCUUGACGUCGAAGGAGGGGAAAUUCAAAUUUUGGAAUCAAUCGAUUGGCCAAAAAUUACAAUUGAUGUGUUUUCAAUUGAAACAUUCCAAUUUAGAAACGAAAUAGUGGCCGUCAUGCGCAGUAAGGGUUACGAAACAAUUGGCAAGUUUAACUUCGAUGACUUCUUUGUGAAAAGAACAAAUGCCAACAACACAGUGUGAAAGAACCAGAUAUAACAGUGACGGAAUCUAAGACAUGGGUUUCUACAUUGGCCAGAUCGACACAUCUUUCCUUAUAUGCAGUUCUUCGACGAAAAGAGACACAGACAUACUCCGAACUGACAGGAGUACAAAGCGAACUUUUUUUCAUCAUAUUAUACCGACGAUU